CCAGGGCAAACGAUUUGCUCCCGGCACUUCCUCCUCACACUUUGCAGGGAAAUGGCCUCUGGGAUGCCAAGGGACUUUGACCUGCCGGCUGCCGAGCGCCCGCCCUCGCCUUUGGUUGGCGUCCUCCGCGACAGCACACACAGUGUUUGGAAUGUGUGCAGUGUGGGGAUUUCACAAGCUGGGAGGGAAGGAACAAAGCUGGGAUCGGCCGAGGCGGGCCGGCCCUGUGUGUGUCUUCCUUCCUUCCCUCUUCAGCAUUUCUGCACUUGGUUAACAUCAAAGUCUGAUCUGGCCAGAGACUCGGGGGAGCUGAACGAGCGGGACAGUCAGCGAGGCUCGUUCUGCUGAAUAAAGGUUUCGCUGCAAGCAGAGGAGGAAGAGGGGGAGACUGAGCCCCCACGCCCCGCCGCACAUAACUCUCUGCCGCUCCUACCGCCCCAGAGGCACCGCACCCAUAACCGCUUUUGCUCGUUUACACAGCUGACGAAGUGUAGGGCAGGGCCGGGCCCAGCCAGUUCUUGCAUCUCUGCAUCCUCGAAUUCCACCUUAAAGUCACGGCUCUCCAAAGGCCUCACCUGCUUAAGGUGGAACUGGCCGACCUGCCCUCCCUUCAAGCCGGCCUCCCUGCUGAUGUCAGUUGCUAGGGGAAGGGGUGUAAACCUGGAGCCGGAGGAUGGUGUGUGCUCCUUGGCGCUGCCCUCAGACCUGCAACUGGACAGAAAAAACGAGGCGCAGGAUGCUGAGCUGCUCAAGAGUGCUCGGGUGCAGGAGCAAGUCCGCAUGAGGAUGCUGCAGAAGAGCCACUCGGCCCCCAGGAGUAAUGGAGCCAUGCUGGAUUAUGCAGAGCUGAAAGGUGGAAGCUCCUCCAAUGGCCAAUACAGCACUCUCCAGCCACACUUCAGCUCCAGAUCCCAAACAAAUGGGACAGACCACAAAGGUUCUCUGUGCCAGCCAAUUGCAAAGAAAGGUUACAGCACCGUGAAGACGACUAGCUGGUCUUCCCGCUCAGCAGUGGACCUCAGACCCAGCAAGAGGGUGGCUGCCAUCAGCAAUGGGAUUGGGCCAAAGGGCCCAGCUUAUGGCAUGAAUUACGCCCCACCUCAAGCUGCCAACUCCCUCUCACGGCCCAGGUCUUUUCAUGAGCGGAACUACCAGGGCCGUCAGAACUACGACACCAUGUCCCUGCACUCCCUACGUCUGGCGGAUGGGCCACGCAGCCCUGGGGGUGUGGACGACCACUACAGCAUUGUGUCUGAGCAGCUGGAUCCAUUGGCCCAGGCAGCUCUUUACAAAAACAGGGGAGGCGGUGGCUUCACCAGGUCCUAUACCUUUGAAAGGCAGAUGAGUGCUGGCUCUAAUACUGGGAUGAAGGGGCCCAUCGACUGGAUGGAUGGGGUGGAGGUACCCCAGAACAGGAUCCGGGCGCCUGCCAUGCGCACCCUGCAGCGCUUCCAGAACAACAACCGCUCCCGCUUCAGCACCAGCUCCUAUAGUGGCACCCAGGCCUCUCAGGGAGGAGCUGCAAACACCUACGCAGGUGUGGUGGAACGCAGUUCCCGUGCCCCUUCUGUGCGAAGCUUGGCUGAAUCCAACCAUUUGCAAGACCUGCGUGCCAUUGACAUGUAUGACGGUCACAACACAUUGAUGUCUCAGCAGUCUUUCUCUGGCGGGUUUGAUGACAUUGACCUUCCCUCUGCGGUGAAAUACCUGAUGGCCAGUGACCCCAACCUACAGGUGCUUGGGGCUGCCUACAUCCAGCACAAGUGCUAUAGUGACAAUGAUGCCAAGAAACAGGCUCGCAGCCUCCAAGCUGUACCCAAGCUAGUGAAGCUUUUCAACAACUCCAACCAAGAGGUGCAGCGCCAUGCCACUGGUGCCAUGCGCAACCUCAUCUAUGACAAUGCUGAGAACAAGUUGGCACUGGUGGAGGAAAAUGGCAUCUAUGAGCUGAUGCGCACGUUACAUGAGCAAGAUGAUGAGUUACGCAAGAACGUUACAGGCAUCCUCUGGAAUCUGUCCUCUAGUGAUACCCUCAAGGACCGCCUGGCCCGUGACACUCUGGAGCAGCUCACAGACCUGAUCUUAAUCCCUCUGUCUGGCUCGGGCAGUGCUGCUGUUAUCCAGCAGAAUGCCUCAGAGGCAGAAAUCUUCUACAAUGCUACUGGCUUCCUCAGGAAUCUCAGCUCAGCUAGCCAGCAAACCCGGCAGAAGAUGCGUGAGUGCCACGGGCUAGUGGACUCUAUGGUCAAUUACAUUAACAGUUCCCUGGAAGUAGGGAAGUCGGAGGACAAGAGCGUAGAGAAUGCUGUCUGUGUGCUGCGCAACCUCUCCUACCGUCUCUAUGAUGAGAUGCCUCCUUCCUCGCUCCAGCGACUAGAAGGUCAAAAGAGGAGUGAUGGGGCCACCGUGACGAGUGAGCUGGUGGGCUGCUUCAGCCCCCAGAGCAAGAAAGUCCGAGAGUUGUACAUGAACGCAGAUAUUGUAACCUUCACAGAAGUCUCUAAGGAUCCCAAAGGGAUGGAGUGGCUCUGGAACCCCCAGAUUAUAGGCGUCUACAAUCGACUGCUACAGAGGUGUGAGCUGAACAAGCACACCACCGAGGCAGCCUCUGGGGCCCUUCAGAACAUCACAGCAGGAGACCGGAGAUGGGCUGGUGUCCUCAGCAGAGUGGCUUUGGAGCAAGAGAGGAUCCUGAACCCAGUGCUGGACAGAGUCCGCACAGCUGACCAUCACCAGCUUCGCUCGCUGACCGGGCUGAUUCGCAAUCUGUCCCGGAACGCACGCAACAAGGAUGAGAUGUCAACCAAAGUGGUGAGCCACUUGAUUGAGAAGCUCCCGGGGAGCCCUGGUGAGAAGUGGCCCCCAACUGACGUGGUCGUCAACAUUAUCGCAGUGCUGAACAACCUGGCUGUGGAAAGCCCCAUCGCUGCACGGGAUAUUGUCUACUUUGACGGCUUGCGCAAGCUCUUCUACAUCAAAAAGAAAAGGGACAGUUCGGAGAGUGAGAAGUCCUCCAGAGCUGCAUCCAGCCUCCUGACCAACAUGUGGCAAUACAGCAAACUUCAUCGGGACUAUAAGACGAAGGGCUAUCGAAAAGAGGAUUUUGUUGGUCUGUAAAGGGAAAAGGGCUUUUGAGGUGCACAGCAAAUGGACUGUCCAGCCCUAAACUCCUCUCCAUGAAAUUUGUUUCCAAAGCACCAUUUAUGGAUUAUGGCUUUACUCCAUGAAAAUCCCACCCUGGAACUCUCAUUCUUUUCAUAAAUCUCAAACCACCUUAAAAAUAAGUGCCUUAUGUUUGCAUUCAUUAUGGUUUCUUUUUGAAGCCUAUUGGAAGAUCAUCUUAUCUCAAAGAGCAUCUCUUCACUGAAAUGCCAUGAAUCAGCAUUAGGGAAGGUGCUCAGUACUCCAGGCAGCACAGAAGUUUCCUCAUUCAUAUCACAUGCUGGACAGCCAUGGAUCUCUGGCAAUACGUUGGAAUGCAUUAUUACUGAUGUCACAGCGGGUCUUCUAGACUUGUGAACGAUACUUAAGAGAAGUCUGGUGCUAUUCAUGGAUAUUACUUUUGCUUUAAUGCUUUUUUCUCUGGAGCUCUUCUAAAAUUUUCAUUUAUUGCUCUGCUUCUCCACCCUGUCCUCUGAGCCCCAGAAAUGAUUUGCUUACUUCUCAUUUUAAAAGGUCUAGACUAUCUUUGAGGCAUGAAUAGAUUUCAGUGGUAAACAAGCUCCAACAAUAGGAUAGCAAAGAGAGCCCAUUUGUUUCUUCAAGCAAAUUGGGGAAUUGUAGCCCUUGCUGGUGGAACCUGAAGGACCCUUGCAGUGUUUAAAGUUGCACUGACCAAAAAAGUAAGUCAGAGUGUUCUAGAAUAUAUAGUUCUGUGGUAGAUUCUGGUGGCGGAUUUCUUUCAUUUUAGUUUAGUUCAUAACUGGACACCCGAAAGCCCCCAGGCUGAAUUUUCUGGUGUAACACAUGUGGAUGCUAGAAUUACGUCCAUUUCUAUCUGGCUGUUAGCCUUAUAAUAGGAGAGGGAGGAAUUCUGGGAAAGGAACACUACCUAGCUAAGGGAUAUCCUUCCUCACUAAAACUGCUCUUUGCUGUGGUUUGGGCAGACUUGUAGGUUGUGUCUUUGCUGGCAGGAUUGUCCUGGAUGUCAAGUGCCUGGGACUGAUCCAGCUAACGUUAUUUGACGACAUAUUAAAGUCAAAGGCCUGAGUCCAAAGUACUUGGCAAGUAGUAGCAACAACCUGUACACCCACUGUUGUGUUCAAGAAGCUGUAUCUUGUAUAGAAAAGCAGUUUUGUACAUUAUAUGAAUCUUUUUUAAAAACCUACCACCACCACCACAUAAGCAGCACCAAAAUCAUCUGACAGUGCUGAUCACCUGUGUACAGGUACAGUUAUUCACUUGUUAUGCUGAAUGCAGGUGCAGCAGUACACUUCUUGUCUGUAUCCUGUGUUCCAAGGAGCCGGUAUCCAGGUUCACUUCUUUAAAAACACACAAGUAUAUAGACAUCUGAGCACAGGUACAGCAUAAUGUCUGACUCGGGCUACUGGCAUGUCGGAAUGCUAGCUCAAGGGGGAAUUGCUUGCAAGUUUCCCAGGAAGUCCUGAAAUAUGUGAGAAGUCAUAGCUUUACAGGCUGUUAACAUACUGUGCCUGGCAUCACACAGCAUAUGGCUUUCUUCGGGCUACAGGCAUAGAUGUCAAUGAAGCAGUUGAAAGGUGUUGGAGCUGCUGCUGGUCCUGCCCUAGACACUAAGGCUGAUGGAAAACCAGUGAUAAGCUUUCUAGUACAAGUAGCUGCACUCCUAACUAUGCUGCUUUGCUCAUGAACCACCCAGCUCAACAGGAGGCAUAAGGCAAUGUCCCUUUAGUAAUGCCUAGGCCUGCACAAACAUUCAGCUGCAAAUAACGAAGGCCAAAUAAUCUGUACAAUUAUCCUGGCACCAUGUAGAGCCAAGUGUGCCAAAAGCACAACUUUGUGUAGGGCCAAGAUCUCUAACCAAGGUUCCAGGGAGCCCCUUAAAGAGAAUGGAGGGAGUGCUGGGAAGUGGAGUCCUUUCCAAUGCUGCUGGGAUGCAGCAAGGCUCCUUUCUCUUUAAGGGGGCCUUGAAACUGGCCGGGAGUAUCAUACGGAGCUGGGUGCUGCACAGCGGUGUGGUGCUGAUGCUGAAUGUAGUUUUGCUGGCACUGCAUGGGGGCAAAUGUUCCCAGCACAGGCCUAGUGACCUGUUAGACCCUGCCUUUGAUUCCAGUUGUGGAAUUGAUUUCUUCUUCUUCAUUUUCGGUAAUGUUCCUGCUGUAAGGCUUAAAGUUUUGAGUCCUGCACAGGUAGGCUAAACUUUGCUCAGUCACAAUGGGAAGCCAUAUGGGUUCAAGGGUUGUAACUAAAAAAAACUGGUGGGUGGGCUCUCCUGUACAUAUUGUAUAUAGAAAGCUCCCCCACCUCCCAGCUGUCUAGCAGAUAGGCUUUUUGGGGUGGAGGUGGGUUUUGGUUUUUCCCCCUCUUUCAAUGGCUGUUUUUCACAGUUCAUUCUGAGAUCCUGAUGACUUAAUUAUCUGCAUGCAUCCUUUGGAAUCACAACUAUGUAACUGGAGAGCAGAACUUGCCUUAAAGGGAAGUGACUUAAGUGGUUUGCUUUUAUAUAAAUGAUUCUUUUGCUGGGUGCAAACAGAUGCUGCUUCCACCCUCCACCUUAUCAUCACAGAUGUAUAUGAAAUUGUGGAGACCUCUCCCUUAAAUUCCAGGUGGGCUGGAUGCACAUGUAGAACUACCUCGCUGGUAGACAUGCACUCAUGUUUAGAUAGGAUAUGUGAGAUGAAUGUGCAGAAGUGGAGCUGUGUUAGUGGUGGGAGUAAGAAAGUAGUAACAAACUCAUUGUGGUAAUUAUUCAGAGCAUAUUAGCAUGGUGAGUAGAACGACUGCAAAUUACUGCUCAUUUGCUACCCUGCUGUUUCCACUGCUCUUUCCAAAGAUCCCCUUCUACUCCCCACAGAUUUAUACCCCAUUCUCUUCAUCAAGUGAAUUAUGCUGGAUAUAUUAUUUGCAGCCUUAACAGGAAAGUGUGUUUUGCUUUAGCUCAAGGAAUAAAAAUUGGUUAAGGAACUGAUGGUUUAGAAAAGAUCAAUUGCACACCAUGUAAAACAAUCUUAUUCUAUAUCAAGAUUUGCUUAUAAAAUGCAGCUGGUUAACAUUAUCCAACUACAUGAGUGGGUAGAAACAAGUCUCUUAGGAACUCUUUGAGUGGUCUUAGAACAUCUCUGCUUGUUGAAGAUCCUAACCUCUGGCCUGGAAACCAUUCACUGUACAGCUGUUUCUAUGUGUGUUCUGAGAACAAGAGGUGUGUUCAAUCCUCUAUCCAAGACUUAUGGGGAUGGUAGGACUGUGGCUCCUUUUCAGUAGUUCUGCUAGCUGCAGCCAAUGGGGAAGCCCAUUGAUUAUGUCCACAUAAGAGAAGCAGAUGCAGAACAGCACAGGGCUCUUGUAGUUUUCGUAACUGUGUAGAAGGAAUUUCAACUAGUUGAGAUUUUUUCAUCUUGGUCUGAUGUUGCAGCUGCUACGACUGUCUACACAACAAUUUUAAAAGUACAUUUUGUUACUUCACAGCAAUGCCAGAACAGACCUUGUUCUCACAGACACCAGGACAUAACUACACACCCCCUCCUCAAGGAGGAAAGUCAAAAGUUAAUUAGUGCAUAGAAUUUGUCUCCCAUGAUCCUGAGCCCAUCUCUGGGCAUGCUCAACUCUGUACUGACCUCAAUGCAUAUUUUCUACCCUUGAGCAGUCCCUGUGUUACUACCGUACAUAAAUAAAGGUCUUUAUCACUGGA